AUACGUUGUCAUCAAUAGUCAUAAUAUUUUAUUGCUUUAAGAAGGUAUUGACAAGAUAAAUGAGAAUGUGACAUUUUCAAGGAGGUGAAAUUGUUAAAAAUGAAUUGUCAUCACUGUAUUACAUGUCCACGUUUUCUUGAGUCCUGGUAUACCUACCCCUACUCCAUUUGUUGAAUUAAGAAUAAAUUAUAGAAACGAGCGCUGCUGACAAAAUCUGAUAACCAGAAAUGUUGGCCUCUAUGAAAUAGAUACUAUUUUGCAUCCUAUUUUCCGUAACGAGCUGCAGAUUUGAUUCAAACACGUCCUGUCGUCUAAAGAGCAAACACUCCACUCCUUUCGUAUCAAGAGAAUUGAAGGCUCAAGAAAACGUCCGCGAAUAGUACUUUCGUCGUGAUUUUGAUAGAUCUAAAAACUGAAAAACAGACAUUUAAAAAAAUAACAUGGACAAAUCCAAGAAAUAAGAGCUUUUUUACUUUUUAAAUUGUUAUAUGUGAAUCUAUUUCCAACCAUCUGGCGGAUCUAAUGAAGCCUUUUUUUGGGGGGGGGGAAUUAUUUUAUUGCUCAUUUUUGGAACGUGCGUACCAUCGUUAUAUUUGGCAUUCAAUUUCAUUUCUUUAAUUGCUAUUUAUUAUUGUUGUCUUCGAUUAUGUAGUAUUAUAUUUUAUUCAAAUAUAAGUAGUAAUUUAAAUUUCUAUUCGAAACAAGUUUUACUUUUCUCUAUUAUUAUGUAAUUCCCGUUACAUCUUUCUGAGACGAGCAAUAAUUUCAAUAAUAAUAUAGUUUCUUAUAUACCCAAAGAGUCUAAUGUAACUUAAGUGCAUCGAUUUUAAUCAUUCAAUCUUCCAAAACCGUGAGAUAAGAGCUGUAUGUUAGGAAAAAGAGCGUUGCCAUCUUAAGAGCUGCGUCGCAGCUGAGGCCUGCCUGGAAGAGCCGUAUAUUGUGAACGAUGAUCUUAUUCUACACACGUGCGUCGAGAGAGCAGAUGGCUGAGUGUCUUUAUUUGGAUCAGACAACUGCGGCCGGCAUCCGGUACGUUCAGCUGGAGCUGGCGCGACAGCAGCGCUUCUCGACGUUGACCCUGAAAUUAUUUAUAUCUACCACCCCGUUUCCAGGAAAUUACAAAAUCUUCCACAGGGGUAGAUAUCAACAUGGCUGGAGGUUUCGGAUUGCUGCAAAUCAAACAACAGGAAGCUCAUUACUCCAUAGCCCUACGAAGAGUGUUAUCGCAUCGGUAGGGUAUAAGGCCAACCGUGAGACGAGUUCGGUUCAGUUGGGCGUUCGCCACCAGGGUCGCUGCAGCCGACCUGACCGCAGGUUAUUGUGGCACCAUGCGUGGCUGUGGCAUCAUGUGCUCCCGGGUGCUUGUGCUGAUGCUUGUUGCCACUGCCUUCGCACACGUCGCAGGUACGUAGAUAUUUCGUCAAGAGCCUUGGUGCUCCCAAUGCGAUUUCAUUUUAUCUUCCAUGCGGGCGACGAGGUGCUCUGCGCGCCCGUGUGCCCGUCCUCGCUGCCCAUCGGGGCACAGCCCGCCUGUGCCGCCCCCACGUGUCGGCGCGGCGCCUGCCUCUGCCCCGGCGGGCUGCGGCCCUACUCGGGCUCCAACCCGCUGUGCCGCCGCCCCUGCGACGGGCCCUGCCCCGAGCCCGUCUGCCCCGACAAGUGCUCCUGCCGGCCGGGCUUCGUGCGCGACUCCUACAACGCCACGAGGUGCCGGCCCGCGUGUCCUCCGGGGGGCUGCCCGCAGGCCGCGUGCAGCAACUCCUUGGAGGCGUUCGGCUGCGUGUGCCCCGAGGGCUUCCAGCUGCCCGUCAACGGCAGCGGCACUCAGUGCGAGCCCGUGUGCCCGCUGGGCGAGUGCCCGCCCGCCGCCUGCCCGUGGAGCGCCCCGCGCUGCCGCGUUACCUGCCCGCCCUUCAGUUGCCCUGAGAUAAACUUCAUUGUUAAUAGGAAGGACUAA